GGCUCUCGUCUUUUUCAUAAAGGACUCUUAUUCGGCGGCGAGGGCAGACAUGGAGGAGCUGAGCGCCGUGGGAGAGCAGGUUUUUGAUGCGGAAUGCAUUUUAAACAAACGACUGAGGAAGGGAAAGUUGGAGUUUCUCGUGAAGUGGAGGGGCUGGUCGUCCAAACACAACAGCUGGGAGCCCCAGGAAAACAUCCUUGACCCGAGACUGUUGGCUGCAUUCAACAAGAAAGAGCAAGAAAAGGAGCUCCUGAUGCGUAAGAGGGGGAAAAGGCCAAGGGGACGACCACGGAAAAUCCUUGAGAACGUGCCUGAGGCUGCAAAAUCAAGCAGCUCUUCAUCCGGCUCGUCGUCGUCGUCCUCCGAUUCCUCAUCCUCAUGCUCCUCCUCCUCGUCCUCAUCAGACGACGAUGACGAAGACGGCGCCGUUAAGCAGGCAAGCCCCGGUGUUAGAACACGAGACCUCCAUCCUGUCCCUCAGAAGAAGGCACAGAUUGUUGUGGCGAAGCAGGAGCCCCCAAAGAAACGGAGCAGGAAACCUCUGCCCCCUGACGUGAAGGAAUUUCAACAGAACAAGGGCCCUCGCAAAAUCCUGAAAACGUCCAAAGAUGCAGAUCUUCCGGGAGCAAUCAAAAAGCCCGUUCACCCGGCGAGCUUCACCUUCAUGGGUUUCCACCGGGGCUCGGCCAGGGACACAGUGGGUAGUCAGAACAGGAGCUCUCUGACCCAGGGUGGGGCUGUUAAAAACUCCAUGAGCUCUGUGGGAUCUGUGGGAUCUGGCAGGUCAGUCCAGACUGCCUCCCUGUCUCUGAACAAAUCCAGCCAGAGCAGGAAUGUCACCGAGGCUAAACUGUCCAUCUCUAGUAUGAGCAGUGGAACAAGUCUGGAUUUGAAAGCAGCUGCUGGCAAAUCAAAAGGGGUAGCAGCGUUGAAUUUGAAUACAUCCAAACACCCCAUUCAAGGAACCACUCAGCACACACUAAGCUCCCCCAACGGACAAAAGAAACCCCAGGGCCCUGUGUCAACACUGCAGCGGAUACCCAAUACCAAAGCUGUGGCUUCUGUACCAGCGAAGAACGCCUCCUCCAAUCAAGGUUCUGGCCUUCAGCUGCUCCACCUUCAGAGCAAACCGGUGCAAAGCAGUGACGCCCCUGGAAACGGCACUGCCCCAGUGUCAGGCCUGAGAAAUGCAACAAAUCCAGCAAGGAAAGCCACCGUCGCACAAAAUCAGGAGUACAAUCCUCCCAAGAGUCCUGCAACCCCCGGAAGACCGCAGGCCAGAAAGAACCAGCCCGGAGCAGACAAGGUCAAGGAGGCGACCUCUAGAGUCCAAGGCAGGCUGGAGAAGAGCAGUGUGCAUAAAUCCUCCGCAGAGGUCCAGAGCCAGCAGGAGCGAUCGGCCUACAAAGAUGGCAAGAAAGCCAAAAUGAACGACAUGAGCACAGGUGAAGAGGAGAGCAGCUCCGACUCCGACCAGGAUUCUUCCUACACCGGACGGGAUCGCUCAGUGGCGGUCCAGAGCCAGGACUGGAAGCCCACGCGCAGUCUGAUAGAGCACGUGUUCGUAACGGAUGUCACAGCUAAUCUAGUUACCGUCACGGUCAAGGAGUCGCCGACCAGCGUGGGCUUCUUCAGCAUUCGCAACUACUGACAGGAUUCAAGACACUGCAAACCAGAUGGUAUUUGAAGCAAAGAGACAGGAUCUGGGUUUCUGAAGGAACUGGCUAAACCCUUGGCUGGAGAAUUUCUGAGGAACACAUCAGGGAAUGGAGGUCAAUUUGCUCUUCAUUUUCUUUUAGUAAGAGACUAAUUUUUA